AUGAGAAGAGGUAGAGGAAAAGGGAAGAAGCAGAAUGCUAGAGAAGACCGAGGAAGCGGUGAGGAAGAAAAGAUUCCAGCUUACAGGAGAAGAGGGAGGCCACAGAAGCCUGUGAGAGAUGAAAUCGAAGGAGAGGAAGAAGAAGAGGAGCUGCUAGUGAUGAAGAAGAAAGAAGAGGAAGAUGAUGAUGCAAAUGGCUCGGUAGUAACGAGUAAAGAGGAUGUGAAGACAGAGAAUGGUGGGAGGAAGAGGAAGAAACCAGUGGAGUCUAAAGAGAGCAACAUAACGGAAGAAGAGAACGGUGGUGGUGUAGGAUCGAAAUCAAGCACGGAGGAUGAUUCGAUGAAGUCAUCUUCGUCUGUUGGGUUUAGGCAGAAUGGUAGCAGAAGGAAGAACAAACCAAGACGAGCUGCGGAAGCUGUUGUUGAAUGUAAUGGCGUUUAG